AUGACAGUGGAUGUUUUGGAGUCUGUGUCCAAGCAUCUUUGUCCCUCUUCUAGACUCACAUUCGCUGAGCUGGACGAAGAAACUUUCGCGGCAGGCACUAGGUACGGCUUUUUCUUUUUUCUUUGAGGUGUCAGGAGGCUUCAGAUGGGGCGACAUGGCUGUCCUGGUCAUCGACGACGACUCUUUGACGGUCAACGGCGACAGUUUCGCCCAUGAUAUAACUUGUCCCCCUGUGAGCUUCAUCCUUCAAUCGUAAAAAGGAAGAUCAGAACUCGUUUCCAGCCUUUUUCAUUGCAUUUUUGAUCAAGAAUUUAAAAAAAUUAGAAAUCAAAAAAGGGACAAAAUAGUUUGCUCAAAAAAAACUUAUCCUCAAAUAGGUGUGUUUAAGGAAAAAUUGUCGAAAAAACUCUCGAAGAAAAAAUUUGAGAAAAAAAAAUCUCAUGGUGUAUCCAGAUAUGCUAUCCAGAUAUGCUGUCGGGCAGCAUACUUCUAAAGCUCCCUCAGCCCUCGCGAAUACGUUGGGAUAAUAUCGGAGAUCACACAAGUAUUAAAUAUACGAAAAUUAGGCGCUGUAUGCUAUUUAUUGAUGGAUUCGUUUAACAAGAUUGAGGUAGAGAGUGCAUUUUGUUAGCUCAAUCCUCAGAUACGCUGGAGCAUUCUGAGGAAAUUUUUUUUAAAGCGGAGACAAUGUCUCUAAUUAACUUCAAAGCAAUCAUUUAUUUUGAAAUUGAAGGAAAACAGAACAAAGAAGCUGAGUUCAUUGCUGAAACUGUGUCCUCAAGUAAAACGACUAUGUAUUCAAACAAGGUUUUUUUUUCUUUCAAACCAGAAAAUAUGUUCGUGAAAACUUUUGUAGAGUUAUUUAAAGAAGUGCGACGGAGCCGAAAAUGGAGCGAAAGCAGAACCAUGCGUUUCUGAACUAGAACUUCUUUGUCAACAUUAAUUAUCAUUUCUAUUCAUUUUUGCGAAAUCUCUUGAAUACAUCUUACUUUUCCACGAAAGCGAAGCUUUUUUUUUUACAGACUCCGCGAAUGUGAUUUGCCAGUUCUGAAAGAGAAAGCGAAGCUCUUGAAGAAGUUGUACAUCACCUGUGACAAUUUUGGGCGGUUCUAGUUCACUCAGAAAUGGAUUUAUUAUACUGAUUCUACAGAGAUCAGAUACAGUAUCCGGGGUUUUCUUUUGAAAAACUUCGAAGUUUACAUAUUUCAAUGACAGCUGAUUUGCCGCUCUCUAUUCAUGCGAUACUUGAAAAAAGCGCCAUCGAAGUUUUUUCUUAGUAAAUCAGCUCUUAAUUCCCAUUUUCAGGCUUACUUCUCUCCAACUUUGCGGCGAGUAUGCUUGACAGGAGUCACACUCACUGGAGAACUUCUCGAUAAAAUUCUGCUUCUGACAUCUCUCCGUACUCUAGAACUUAUUGGAAGCAUUAUCGACUCCGAAGUCGGAGCCAGAUACGUCGAACAGUUUGGUGAGUAUUUCGAGUUGUGACAACAGAGAGGUGCCCUUUUCAAGAAUAAACUUCUUUCUUGUAAUUUUAGAUAACUUCAGGGAAACUACCCGACCUGGAAGAAUUCAGCGUUCCACCUUCAAUGUUCUCACUGUCUCACAAACAAAGCAACACUGUACCUUUCUCCUUUCGGUGAAAUGUGUCGAAAUACUUUCUGAAUUUGUCGCAUUUAGAAAGUUGAAACUGGCGAAGCUUUCAUUACAUAUGGAACGCUUCGAUGAAAACAACUUCCAAGCCCAAAUCAAAGACUUUUUCCCUCCAAAACUCGAAGUUCUUACAAAACUAUUGGAAAAAGUGCAAGAUUUUCAGGUAUUGGUUUUAUUCGGAAACUACUACAAAAUGAAACAAUGGAAAAAGCUAUCUGAAAUAAAAUAUCCAACGGUUUGUUCAAAGGGACCAGCAAAUCGAAAGAAGACCUUCAGAUCCUGUUUGGGCCAAACGAAGCGCGAGUUACAGUACCUGGAGGUCGCCUGGAUUCCUACAAACUCGUGUCGCACUACAUCCGACGUCCGCCUUACAUCGUCAACCACCAUCCGAAUGCGCUGACGGCCGCAGUCAGCAAACCUCAUUAUUUAUCUUUACUUGCAUUCUGCCUUUUCACUUCUCUUUUUACCUGAAAUCAGACAGUAAUUUACUUAUUGCAUGGGAGUUUUCCUGAAAAUUUCUAAGACAAAGAAGUUUCCGUUUUAUCAAAAAUUUCUGAGAUGGAAAUCAUUGACGUUUUUUCAUUACUGAAAAUUUGAGGCUCGCCACACGGAACGCUGCACUCGUUAUAUCAAGCAAACUUUUUUUUCGGAGGAUGGGAAACUAUUUGAUUUUAAUUUCAAUUUUCUAGACUGUCAUGCAAACGGAACCUUGGAGGUUUUCUUUAGCCGAGGCGAUAACUUCCUUGACGCCCAGACAAACACCUUCGCGCCGCGGGGUUGCAUGGUCAGACCAACUGAGAAGCUCUUUAUCAACUUCGAAAUUUGAGGAAUGAGCCGUUUCCACGCAAUUGGGCAAUCAAUACCAACCACCACAACAACAACGAUCUUCAAUUUCCUGCUUCGCCACCGCGACGAGUAAUUUUUAUUAUGUUGAUUACUUAUUUAAUUUCGAAUUUGCUUCCUUCUAACCGAAUUGCACAAAUUUUUAAAACACAGGGGUCCAGGAGAGGACGUGGAGUAGCCCGCGGCGGAUCUAGAGUAAUUGAGCCUCGCACAGCUCCCCCUUUGGCUCUGCCAGCUCCCAGAACUUCGUUGUCCGCUCCUUCUGUCUUACCACCGAACUCUUCUGAUAAUCCCACUGCUCCACAAGGCCAACGCAGUAAUAUUUCGAGCACUUCACCGGUUUCUAACCGCACAGGUACAGUGAACAGCAGAAGUUGAACAAAAAGAAGAUGUAAAGAACAAGAAAAAAAUUUGCUUUUUCUAAGUUAUUUUUUACCCGUAACAGACGGUUCUUUGCGUACUUUCCCGCCAUCCCCCCAACGAUUAGCUAUGGAAAUCUCACCUGUGCCGAACACACCUGCGGAGGCACCGGUCUUGCCGCAGGAACCUCUCAACGGAGCACGGGCUCAGCCUACAGAGGAAGGCUUUCAAAUGUGAAGCAAAAACAUAAAUACUAAGAAGCUCAAAAAAUUGCAGCAUAACAGAAUUCCUGGCCACAGUUGCGGAGAUAAUUAAUGAAGCCAACGAGCAGACUAGUAAGUCAAUUAUUUCGUGCUUUAUUCCAAGUGAUUUCCGCGAAGUCCAAAAUAGCCGCCAGAGAAAGAGAAAGAUAACUUAAAAUUUUAGAGAGGCAGAGAUAUUUUGCAUUCCGCGGAAAUUACUUUGAACACGGCAUCAGCAGUUCUCAUUGAUCUCCGUUUCAACGAUCAAAAGUUGUUCACAUUUUUUAACCUUUCUGUGAAAUUGAGAAGGUCUUUUUCUAGCGAGACCUCAAGACGGAAACAACGACGGUAACACAUCGCAACCGCAACCACCAACGGGAGGACCCGCCCCUCCGCCAGACCCUUCAAGAAAUAGCAGAAGAAAUCAAUGA